CAUUGUUACUCAUGACGCAACUCACACUGAUUAGUCAUAGUCAUGGCGUCUAAACGUGUCUUUCCUGUUUCCUGCUCCACGUCUAAUAGAAUAGAGCUUGCACCAUUUCUACCAGUCAUCAUUAGACAAUCAGUUGUUGUGGUCGUGUGAAUUCAUUUUCGUAGUUGUGUUUAAUGUAAAUUCAGUGUUCACGAUGGCCGAAGAUCGAAAAUUUGUGUUGCUCAUUCAAUCAAGGGAACUGAUUUACAAUCCAAGACUGAAGGAGCACUUUAAUAGGAAUAUGGUCGAAAAUACUUGGAAAGAAGUAGCAGAAGAAAUGAAUAUGAGUGUGACUGAAUGCAAACAGAAAUGGACAAAUUUGAGGAACUCCUUCGCAAGGCAUUUGAGGAAUCAGAGCAGACCACCUGAUUCGGGAGUAGAUGUCAAACCCAGAUGGUAUUUAGCAGACGCAAUGUCUUUCUUGGAAGAUCAUAUGCAACAAAGGAAACCAAGAAGAAACUCCUCUACGGAAUUUGAAGAGCAAGAUACCAUUCAACAAAUUAUUGCAGAUGUUGAAACAGUUUAUAGUGUUGGAAAUGAAGAUCCAGUACAGGAAAGAACUGUAAAGAGGCCUAUUACUUCGGAUAUUACGAGGAAAGUAAGAUCUAAAAGAAGGACAUUACCACCAUUUCAACAAUUAGUUGGUCCAAUGAUCGAGAGCAACACCAACAAACAAGUGCAAGAUCACCCAUUGGUAGAUUUCGUGAGAGGAAUGAUUCCUGAUUAUAAUUCACUCACACCAAGGAGGCAAAGGUUAUUUAGACAAAAGAUUGUUACAAUUAUGAAUGAACUGAUGGAUGAACAGGAGGUGGAGACUAGUUUAAACUCAGCUGCCUUGGUCAAAUAGUGAACAUUUUAAACUGUGGUGAAUAUUUCUUGUUGCAAACUUUAACAAAGAAACCUUUUAUUUGGAACUGAAUUUAUUUUAUUUUUUAUUGUAAUAUUCUUUGUUAUAAUGAUGUGAACUUGUAAAAAUUUUAGUAAACAAACCAAUUCUUUUUCAUUUCAAUUAGGCUAUUCAUGUUAAUAUUUGAUAUUUUUUAUAUACACUAUUCAUAUGUUGAUAUUUUCAUGUACAAAAUAAAAUUAUUUUUUGUUUCGAUUAAAUUCAUUUAGGCUAUUGACUUGACUCAAAAAAUUAAUUUAUAAUCAAAUAAUAUUUUAUGACUGUAUUGUUACAUACAAUAAUUUUUUGUGUCAUUAAUGUGUAUCAUAUAGAGAUAAAAUAGCAUAUUAUGGUACCUAAUGUAUCUUCUCCACUUUUUAAAAUUUUUCAGGAAUGACAAAAAACGUAAUCACAUAUUACCACUAUUGCUUGGCAGAGAUUAUGGUAUUUCUAAGAAAGUAUUUCUAAUUAUGAACAGUUCAGAAGGUUGACUUUUGGAGUAUUGCAAUGUUUUAUCCACUUAAAUUUGAGGUAAAGAAUGAACAAACUUUGGAGUAGACCUAUUUUGGAACAAAUUUGCAUGGAUAAGACAUUUUAUGGAACAGUCUCACUAACUUGAGGAAGACUUUGUUUUCAAAGUGGACUGUAAUAAAAACUAAGAUUUUCAUAAAAAAUUAAACAUUUUUAUUAUAGAAAAGAUCAUGAGUGCCAUAUACCUUGAUGAUGAUUCACAUAAGAUUAUUCAAGUUAAUACAAUUUAUGUUGUUAAAACAGUUUAGUUUAUGAGUUCAAUACAAGAUGUUUGUUAUAGAGAAUGUAUUUUAUUUCACAUUCAAGAUACAAUAAUGAGUAUCAAAAGUGUAAAGUUAAGUAUAAGUAAAAUGUUAUGAAUAUUGAACAAUACAUGAAAAUAAAAAGCACUAGAAAAGUUAUUUUAAAGCAUAAAAAGUUGAAGUCCUAAUAAGUAAAAACUGAAAAGUAAAAAGUGGAAGUACCUAAUGAAAGUAGCUGAAUAUUGGAUCUCAUUCAUUCAGAUCAUUAUACAAGAAGGUCUAUUCAUUUCAAACUAUAGGCCUAGUUUUAAACUCAUAAGUCUUGACCUUAAAAGAAUAAAAUUUUUAGCACUAUUAUUAUUUUAUUGAUGUAAAUUUCCAUUUCAAUAUUUUGAAUUUCGAGCCUUAUCGCCACUAGUGCUGACAAGCGGUAAAAGUCUCAACUACUCUUUAUCACUUGAAGCAGAACAUAACCUAAAAAUUCUGUAAAGUCAAAGUGUAAGAAAAGAUCUUACAUCAAAAAUGUUUUAGUCAAGUACUUUUCUACUCAAUAAUUAAUUUUUAGACAAUGUUUAGACAGUGACAAUAAAUCUACACGUAGAAAAUAUAACAAACUGUGUACAUUUGAACCACAAUGACUCCAAGGUUGUAUUUCGUUCCAGUUUCAGCAAAGUUUUUAGAGUUGGGAGUUAACCUAAAAGUGAACGUACUAUUUUAAAAAUCAGGCAGUUUUUAUAUUAAAUUUCUUAAAGUUUUCAUACAAAACUAUGUGAAACAUAAAUUUAUAUAUUCGUGAAAUGUUGAAACAUCAAGAAUUCUCAAAAUGAUGUACCAUGUGAAAGUAUUUUUCGUUUUUGUGCUGGGUUUUGCAAUAGGUGUACUGUUAGCUGUAAUGCUGUUUUUGUCUAGCGAUGUACCUUCACGUCGUAACAACAAUAGUCUGAAAGUAAUUACAAAAACAAGCGUAGAUUUUUUCAUAGACGAUUCCAGCAGUGUUUCUUUGGAAGAAAAUAUCUUGCGUUUGAGAACUGUUGGCAAAAAAUGGCGAGAAUCUAACAUCGACAAAAACAAGGAACAGAAUCGUACUGAGCUGUACGAUGAAUCGACUGUAGUGACUAACACACCUAAUCUAAAUAGUAUUAAUAUUGUUUGUGUGAUAUUUUCGUCGGAUUUAAGCAGAUCUUCAGCAGCAGCCGAUACUUGGGGUAGACAUUGUAACAAUUAUCAUUUUUAUGGUAAAUCUAACGCUGAUUUUUAUAAAUAUUUAAAUGUUACAGCGAUAAAGCCUCAACAUUCGUGGCAUUUUUUGUGUGAAGUAAUAAGACAUGUGCAUAAUUUGUACAAGGAUACAUUGAACUGGGUUAUUUUUGUUCCUGAUGAUAUAUUUGUGAUACCUGAGAACCUAAGACAUUAUGUGAGGUAUAAAGAUCAUACAAAAGCGUACUACCUCGGAGACAUCUCGUGUUUCUGGUUCACCUACUACAAUACAGCAGAAGCUGGAUAUGUCCUUAGUUCGGGAGCUAUCCAACUUCUACUGAAAAUAUUCAACUCCACAGAAGCAUGUCUGGGAGGUGGUAAGCAUUGGCGCAAUGAAGACUAUCACCUGGGCAGACAUAUGAGCGGUCUGGGUGUGCGACCAGAGGACACCAGGGACAAGAAGGGUAGGGGCCGGUUCCACACUUUCACUCCCGAGCAGCUCUACUUGCCAGAUGAUGUGGGAUUGCUAGAGAGGUACUUCAGGCGUAGGAUUCAUCCCAAUAAACAGGGCCCCGGCUGUUGUGAUAAACGCACAAUAACGUUUAGAGCUUCCGGUCAGGAUCGUAUCUUUUUCUACUACUAUAUGCUCUACAAGAUUAGGACUCAAGUCACGUCCGAUUUCUAUCCUAAUAAUCUCUCAAAUACUCACGUCGAUACACCUCAGGUUUGGCAGAAAUUCAUCAUGGAUGAGCUCGGCAAAAACACAGAUCUAUCAAAAAUAGACGCGGACGAAUACUACAGGGUUUGGGCUGCCAAAGUCACACCUGAAGAACUGGUAAAUCAGUUAAGGGUCGAAACUGAUGUUAAAAAAAGUAGUCCCAACUAUGUCAAUAUAAGACGAACGAAAUUUUGGAGAUAACUUCAUAAAAUGUAGAAAACAUAUAGAAAAAAUGUAAUUCGAAAGUAUUAACUAUAUAAAUGUGAUUUGACGACAGGAUUAUAGUGAUAGUGAUAUUCACUUCAAUUUGUCACUAUUUUUAAAAUGGGAGACAUUAAUGUUAUCUAUGAGAAUUGCUGACAGUGUUAAAAGUGAAUCACUAUAAAACGCACAAAGUUUUUGAGAUGGUUGAAAAAUAAUAUUUAUAUUUAAAAAUGAAAUUUCACAAAUUGAUACUAUUUAUUAGGAGAAGAAAUCUAGCAAAGAAUUUGAACAAAGAAAACUGUCAGUAUUACAAAUCUAUUUCACAAUAAUUAGAAAAGUGAUUGAGUGUACCUAAAUCAAUUUGAAAAGUAAAGUAAAUUUACUCCACUAAAUGAAAUUGAAUGUAAAUCUAUUGAAAAAAAAAGAAACUUGACGUAAAAUAAAUUCACUUUACUAAUUGAAUGUAAAAUAAUUUUUUUUUAAUCUCGAGCUAGGAACAUGAGUGAGACUUAUAAGAAUUUAGUAAGAAUUUUAAAUUUUAUUCUUCAAAUUGCAUAACUUCAUUCGAAACGUACAUCACUAUCAAGAAAAAAUUCACAUAGAUUAGUGAAAACAUUUUCUUAGAACAGAAUAGUCUUGAUCUCCAUUACUAAAAUUUAUAGAAUAGAUUUUGUAAACAUUAGUUAGGCUACAUUGUAGAUAUGGUAGUCUUCGUUUUUGUAGAAGUUUAUAGUUCAAACUUAUUGUUUAAUUUGAUGAAUGAAUUAUUCAUUUAAACAAUUGAUUCAUUCACUGAUGAAUGUAUUAAUUGAACGGGAAUGAAUAUAUUUCGAUUAGAAAUAUUGAUGAUUCCAGUGUGUUAACAAAUUUCAUUUCAACAAAUUAAAAUAUGUGAAUUGUUUUAAUUGAACAAGUUAUGAGAAUUAAUAGAUAUUUAUUAGAAAUUGAUGAUUUUAGUGUGAUAACAAAUGUUAUUUGAACAAAAUAUUCGUUGACAGUUCAUAUGGUUGUAAUGAAGGUUGAUAUUUAUAUUAUAUAGUGAUAUUAUCUUGAAAUAAUUAUUAUUAAUAAUCUUUUAAAACUAUAUUUAGGAUUUCAUUACCAAAUACACAUUACAAUAAUGCCGUACUAUAAACGAGAAUCUACAAUAGUAUCUUAAGUCACAAGGACGGGAAGGGCCGUUUUGCAGGCGAGAAUGAUGUUUCUAGUCGAGGCGUUAUCUGAGACUAGAAUUUCAUUUGAGCACUGCAAAAGACAUUCACAUCCAAGUAUUUUUUUUGUCAUAAUAAUCUAGAAAAGAAUAAUAUUGAGAAACAGAAAACAUUACCUGCUUGUCCUGACAUUACUACAUGCA